GAGCUGGCAUCGCGAGAGCGGUUUUGGGAGCGCCGUAGCGGAAGCUCUUCUUCAGCGCUCCUGCUGAGGAGGAAGGAGCAGCCGAGGUGGGGAGAAGGAAGAGGGGGCCGCUCGGAGCGGAACCCCGGCGGGCUUACGGUGAACGGCAGCUCGGGCGGAUUGGCCCUCGCUGUCUAUGCGAAGGACGGAGCCAGAAGGCGAGCAGAAAGGGCAGCGCGGACAAGAGCGAGGGCUGAACCGGGAGUCCCCGGAGAAGGUUUCAGGGAGAGCGCCUUUCCUACCCAGCCCCACCAUUGCCGUCCACGAGCGGCCCGAGCAUGGAAGCCGUCGCCAAAUACGAUUUCAAAGCCACUGCAGACGAUGAGCUCAGCUUCAAACGCGGGGAUAUCCUUAAGGUUUUGAAUGAAGAAUGUGAUCAGAAUUGGUACAAGGCAGAACUCAAUGGCAAAGAUGGCUUUAUUCCCAAAAACUAUAUUGAAAUGAAACCACAUUCGUGGUUUUUUGGAAAGAUCCCCCGAGCAAAGGCUGAGGAAAUGUUGGGCAAACAAAGACACGAUGGUGCCUUCCUCAUCAGGGAGAGUGAGAGUGCUCCUGGAGACUUCUCCCUCUCUGUUAAGUUUGGAAAUGAUGUGCAGCACUUCAAGGUGCUUCGAGAUGGGGCUGGCAAAUACUUCCUCUGGGUAGUAAAAUUCAAUUCUCUGAAUGAGUUGGUUGACUAUCACAGAUCAACCUCUGUUUCCAGGAAUCAACAGAUAUUCCUCCGGGACAUUGAGCAGGUGCCUCAGCAACCCUCAUUCGUUCAGGCUCUUUUUGAUUUCGACCCUCAAGAGGAAGGUGAACUGGGCUUCCGCCGUGGAGACUUUAUCCAGGUCCUUGACAAUUCUGACCCCAACUGGUGGAAGGGAGGCUGCCAUGGACAAACAGGGAUGUUUCCACGCAACUAUGUGACCCCAGCAAACCGGAACAUCUAGAGCAAAUUAUUAAAGAUUAUUUAAGGAAACAGGAGAAACAGUAAAGUACACAUUCAGAAUCUAACAACAGCCAGUGAUCUCCAGUCAUCAGGCCAUAAAAUCUGAGGCACCUCUCUGCUUGAGAGGGAACACUUUUUUCACUCAGUAUGGAACUUUCUGGGGAGGGGACAGGAGAUGGGUCCAACUUAUGCGGCAACACUUACCUUUUAAAUUAAAAUAGUUAUUAACAGACUUGUUUGGUUACUUCUGGUGGCCCCUUAUGUUUGCUCAUCCUUUAUCCCCCAACACUGACCCACCAGUUCAUCAGUGCAUGAAGUUUUAAUGCUAUAUGAAGUCCAUGCUAUGCCAUUAAAGGAAGGGGGAAGCUCUGCUGGUGUUUCCUGUGGAUGCAAACAGUCUUCCUGAAGGGAAGAGAGAGGAACCAAAUCCAUUAGCCUAUUUAAUGCACACAUGCUAAUUCUGCUUUUGCCUUCAGUAUUUUGCCUGGAUAAGAUAGGGAGUUACUUUUUUUCCUAGAUACCCCUUCACCUGAAAUCCCAGCAGCUCCAAAGCAGAGGAAAGAGAGUGGGGGGCUUUAUGUUCCACAGGUUGCAAAGCUAUUCUGAGAAAUUCUAUACUACAGCCAGAUUGUGUUCUCAUUAACCAUGACAGCAUUUUAAUUUUUUCUGAUGCGUAUGGUUGAGCACAUUCUAUUAUUUUUCCAUUAGUGCCUUUCCCUCAUUUCCUUUUUUUAAACUUUAAGGGGCAGUCCAGAGCCUUCAGAUUUUUCCCUGUUUUAUGUAAAUAUUUAAGGGGUUGAAUGAGAGAGUUGUAGCUUUAUUAUUAAAUACAAAUAACUCUAUAAACCAGGUGGAGAUUUAAAAUGUGUAUAAGUAUCUGAUAUUCUUUAUUCCCAGGUGGGGAAAGGCAUAAGAGGAUGCAUAAGAGGAAGGGCUAGGACUUGCAGCCAGGGGCCCUUGAGAGAGAAAGAAAAUUGUACCAGUAUGAAUAAUGUGGCAUAUUGUAUGAAGCUGCCAUUUCGAAGAGGCUGAAUAUUUUGGAAUGUCCUCUUGAAGAUAUACUUUCCCCAAAGUAUGGUAGGGAGAGGUCACAAAACUGCUUAAUUGUGCUUAGAUUUCUUAGGGAAUGUUUGAACAUGAUGCUUGACGAUAUACAAUGCUAUCUAGUCCCCCUUUAUAGCUGGCCAACUUAAAAUGGCAGUCAGUGCCUAGUUCUCCAAAAGAGGGAAUGGGUGCUUCUGUUGUACUUUAGCAGUUCCCUGUCUCUCCAUGCCAGCAUUGCCAUAGUUGGAGGAGUUGUGUUCCUUACUCCCAGUUCACAGCAGGCUGUGUGUGGAAUUGUAUCCCAAGCUUGUAUCCCCUGAUAAAAUUCACUCAUGCCAUACAUGGUAUUAUGGACGGGUUGGAAUUCAAACUGGGAGUGCAACCUGCAGAGCUCUUGUGCCAAUACUCACCUUAUUUCCUUUUGCUGAGCCACGCGGCUGAAAGAAGCAUUGCAACAACGGAUCCCAAAGCCACCACAGAGAUCUCCUGUUCCGCCAAGAUGGAGAAAUUCCUGUGCUGGCGGGUGCCUUUUUAUACUAAGUGUUACAAAUGUGUUAUUUCUGAGAUGGACUCUGCCUUACAGUUCUGUUUCUCCCAGCAGAUGAAAGACAAAGUUAUCCUGUAGCGUGUUAAUUUCUCUCCCUUUCCUUGCUAGCUGUCUUUCUCUUUCCCUGUUUCCCCUAUUUUCUUCUUUCUCUAAAAUGAUUGGAAAAGGAAUCUAUGGCAUUCUACACUUGGACCAUUUGAUUGUUUUCUUAUUUUGGAAUUGGUGUAUAUCAUGCAGCCUUGCAGACAUAAUGUCUUGUGUGUAUAUAUAUAAAAAAAUCAGUGUUUAAAUAAAAACAGGCCUAUGUACUUAAUCCUUUAACUCAGCAGCAUUUGGUAGAUAGUAAUUAACUGUGAAUAAUAAAUAUACAGUGAAUUCUUCCCUUGAA